AUGGAAGCUGCCGCGAGCGCUAUAGCUGUUAUCCAGUUGACCACCCAUGUCUUGCAUCUCACCGUUAAAUUUUACUUCGAAGUCAGGGACGCCCGCAAGGAAAUUAAAUGGCUCGAGGGCGAAGUGAGCGACCUCCAGGGCACUCUGAGGAAAAUCGUCGAUCUGCUUGACGAUAGUGGCGAUUCUAAAGCGGUCGAGAGCUUGCCCGCGUUCGCACUACUUCUCGGGGAGAAUGGAGCGUUAGCGAGGUGCCAAACCGAAUUGCUAGAAGUUGCUGCCAAGUUAGAAAAGUCGGCCUCUGGCGGCAAUAAUGACGAGAACCAGAGCAAGAACCCGAUGAGACAGUUUGGAAUCCGAGCGCUGAAGUGGCCAUUUACCAGCAAGGAAAUCAAAAGCAGCAUUGCCGUACUCGAGAGGUGUAAAGCUAGCUUCAACCUUGCGUUGAAUGCCGAUCAGACGAAGCUGGCUCUUGAUACACACCAGCUUGUCAUUGACCUGGGGAAAGAUCUAUCGACCAGUCGUAAUGAACAGCAGAAAGGAGAAUACCGAGCAAAGAUUAUUCAAUGGCUCUCUAUGGUGGAACAAGGAAUCAACUGGUCAAAUCACGAAGACGCACGGAAAAAGCAUUUACAGGGAACAGGAGAGUGGGUCACAGGCCACCAGGCAUUCAAUGAAUGGAAGCGUACCAGAUCCUCAAUUCUCUGGCUCUAUGGAAAACCAGGAAGCGGCAAGACGAUCCUAAGCUCAUCCGUCAUCGAGCAUCUACGGGAGGAGUACGAUUCGCACAACGACGUGCUCGUAUCUUAUUUUUACUUUGAUUUUGGCAGCCCUGCAAAGCAAAGUACCACUAAUUGCCUACGAUAUAUUCUCUCACGGCUUGUAACCAAAACACCGGUGGUGCCAGCGGAGCUUAGGGACCUUUAUGUGAAGAAGUGCAACUUCGGAAGCGACACACCAGCAUUGUCAGACCUAAUUGAUAUUUUAAAAUUGUUCGCGGAAUCCAGCGAUGUUAAUGAUACAUUUAUCGCAAUUGACGCUCUGGAUGAAUGUCCUGUUGAUAACAGACAGGAACUACUUGAUUUUCUUCGGACAGUAUCGUCUUGGGCUUCCUCAAAUUUACAUAUACUCCUUACAAGUAGGCCGGAGGCUGAUAUCAAGGAAGAGCUGUCCUCUAUCCCCGCAGUGACGAGUAUAGCGACACAAUUGUCUUCGGAUCCAAAACUGAGGAAGCUACCGUUAAAAAUGAAGUCUGAGAUACAAAGGAAGCUAAUAGCUGAUGCUGAUGGCAUGUUUCGAUGGGUGGAUUGCCAACUCAACGAGUUGAAACGAUGCAAAACUAAAAUGCUGUUGAUGGAGACGUUAGCGACGUUGCCGAUGACGCUGGAUGGUACUUACGAACGAAUCCUCCAAGGCAUUCCUAAGAACUACCAACACUACGCACUCCGCGCACUUUGGUGGAUGGUCGAGGCACGGAGGCCACUUUCAGCUGAAGAAGUGGCCGAAGCUGCGAUCCUUGACCCUGAAGCUGAGGCCCCAUUUGACCCAGAAGGGCGUUUUUUUAAUCCCCAUGAAGAUAUACUUGAGAUCCUAGGAAGCCUGGUGUCGGUGACUCAAAGAGAGGGCAGCACUGAAUGGCCUGAUGAGGGGAUUAGUGCGGUGUCUGAAGUUUCCUCACAGUUCUCGCCAGUCUUCGAGAAACGUAUCGAACUCCGCCUCUCUCAUUUUUCUGUCAAAGAAUAUCUAAUAUCGGGUCACCCACUGCAUUGUUCUAACCCAUCGGUAAGGAAGUUCCAUGUCGAUCGGGCCCUCGUGAGCAGUUUCAUUCUUCGAAGUUGUCUCCAAUACAUCUUCCACUACACUGAAUCAGACUAUAAAAUUGCGACCGCGGAUGAUCUAGAAGAAUUUCCACUAUUGUGUUACGCCUGCCAAUUUUGGUUCGUCUAUGCGACAGUAGCCUUUGACGACGAGGCUGCUGAGUUAUCCUACAACCUUUUCAGAUUCGAACCUAUACUGCAAGCCUGGUUGCUUGUUUACACGCCAGGUCAGCCUAAGAAAGAUCUUUUCCAGCCGCCUGAUGAGCCGGAACAAGCAAUUCAUUAUGCCUGCUACCUCGGCCUGGCAAGUGUCGCGAAGCAUUUAUUAGAUUCUGGCGUCGAUGUCAAUAGUGUCACUGCGAGUGGAGUGACACCUUUAUACCGAGCCUCUGAGAGAGGCCAUGUGGAUGUUGUCAACUUGCUCCUCCAACAUGGGGCAGGGGUCGACAAUGCCACAAAGGGAGGUCGAACACCGCUACAGGUCGCCUCCAGCCGGGGGUGCAUCGAGGUUGUUGAAAAUCUUCUCAGUGCUAAGGCAGACAUAGAAUCGAAAGACGUGGACCUCUGGACCCCUCUAUACUGGGCCGCUGAAGGAAGGCAUGAAGAUAUAGUUCGCCUGCUUCUUAAGCACGGAGCGGACCCGAACUCAAAGACUAUGAGCGGAGGUACAGCCCUCCAUCAGGUGUGUGGUAGGGGGUAUACCGAAAUUGCAAGAUGUUUGAUUGAUUCUGGAGCUGAGGUGAAUGUUUCGACCACAUGGGGUAGAACUCCACUACAUCAGGCUGCAGCUGGGGGUUCAUUAGAGGUAGUCAAGUUACUCCUACACCAUAACGCCGACCCCAAUGUUUUAGAUAGGUCUUACAGCUCCCCCGUUUUCCUUGCAGAGGAGAUCCUCCAAAGUGAAAUCGUGAGCCUCUUACGCCCCAUUACUCAGAUCGAAGACCCCUUCGACAGCCCUGACGCGGAAUAA